AUGAGCGCUCGGGGCUGGCCGACCUCAGGCGCCGCUCAGCACACCGCCGCACUCCAAAGCAGCAACGGACACAGCGUCAGCGGCAUCAACGGCGCCGCCGCCGCAGGCAGCCGCAGGCGCGGCGAAGAGGCCCGCGCCGAGGACGCGCCGCGUCCGGACGCGGGCGCGGCAAGCGCGCCGGCGGGCGCGGCGCGGCAGCCGCAGGACUGGCAGUGGCUGCGGGCCCAGCUGCAGAUCGACCUGCCCUCCUGCAGCGCAGAAUACUAUGCCGCCCUCCUCACGAGCCUCGCCGCGCCCGGCGCGCGGCCCGCGGCCGCGGCCGCGGGCGAGGGGCCCGACGCGAGGCGGCAGCAGCGCGACUUCGACGCAUUCCUGUCGCAGGUGCUGCGCCUCGCGCUGCACCAGCUGCGCGGCGCGGCGCCCGAGCACGUCGUGCGGAUGCUGUGGGCACUCGCGAAAAUCGGCGCCCGGCCCUGCAGCGCGGCGGUGACGGAAGCGCGCGUCGCGGACGCCGGCGGCGGCAGCGGGUCCGGCGGCGAGGCCACGGGGACGGCUGCGACGGCGUCCGGCGUGCCGGCGACGGCAGGCAGCCGGCGGCGCGGCGUGGACGGCGCCGCCGCCGCCGGCGCGUUCGUCAACGCCGCGACGCGCCACGCGCACGCGCACAUGCCCCAGCUGACGCCGCGCCAGCUGUCGCUCUGCCUGUGGGCGCUCGCGCGGAUGGGUUGGUGCCCGCCGCAGCACUUUUGGGACGCCGCGUUUGAGCAGGCGGGCGCCCACCUGGCCGAGUUUGGAUCCCAAGACCUGUCGCAGCUGGCGUGGGCAAUGGCGCGCUUUGGCCAGCGCCCGGGGCAGCGGUGGAUGGACGCUUUUGCGGCCGCAGCUGCCGCGCAGCUGCCGUUCGCGGCGCCUGAGGGCGCGGCCGGCGUCCUGUUGUCGCUGGCGCAGCUGGGCCACCGCCCGGGUGCCGCGUGGGCGGCCGGCGUCUUGGGGGCGCUGCGGCCGCGGCUGGGGUCGUUCGACCUGCGGGCGCUCGCGUCGCUGCUCGGAGCCGUAUCGAAGCUUGGGAUCGUGCCCCCAGGGGAGUGGGCGGCGGCGGCGCAGGCGGCAGCAGUCGCGCACUUGUUGGCGUUCGGCGGUUCGGGGCAGGAGGACGCGGCGGCGGCGACGGCAGCCGCAGCAGCAGGCUCUCUUGGGCAAGGCUCGCCCAGACAGCAGCAGCAGCAGCAGCAGCAGCAGCAGGAGCAGCAGCACUUGUAUCAGCAGCACAACAACUUGAAUCAGCGGGACUUGAAUAGCAGGCGGUGGGGAGUUCAGCAGCCGGAGCAGCAGCAGCAGCAGCAGCCAGGGCAGCAGCAGGCACCCCACCCCGAGGACGUGGUGCAGCUGUCAUGGGCGUUUGCAACGCUUGCCGAGGGCGGCAUGGUCAUUUGCGGCCCGCUGGUGCCUGCCUUGGGCUCCGCCCUAGCGCGUUGCGCGCGGCGCUGCAGCGGCAGGGACUUAUCCCUGGGAAUGUGGGCGAUCACAAAGCUGGCGGCGACGGCGGAGCGGCAGCAGCGGCUGCUGCCGCGGGAGGAGGGCGCGCCUGCGCCACUGGGGCAGCAGCAGCAGCAGCAGCAGCAGGCGGCUCCGUGCGCGCCGCCGAUGGCGGCAGCUCAGCAGGCGCUGCUCGCGUCGCUCCCCGCACUGGAGCGGCAGCUUCCCUUCCUAACUGCCCACGACCUGGCCCACGCCUCCUGGGCGCUGGCUACGUCCGGCCUCCAGCGCCGCCCUAGCCACGCGCGCGGCGGGCCCCUCGCGCCUGGCGGCCCCGUGGCCGCGGCGCUGCUGGGCGCGCUGCGUCGGGAGCUGCCGUGCGCGGGGCCGCGCGCGCUCGCGGUCGCGACGGUGUCGGUGGCGCAGCUCGGCGCGCGCCCGGACUGGCAGUGGCUGCUCAGCUUCUACGAGGCAUCACAGCCGCUGCUGCCGCGCUCCGGCGCGUCCGACCUGUCGAUGCUUGCGCUCGCGCUCGCGCGCUGGCGCCAGCGGCCGCUGCGGCCGUGGCUGGGCGCGUUCCUCUCGGCGGCGCGCCCGGCGCUGCGCGGCGCGCCGCCGCAGACGCUCGCGACGCUCGCGUGGGCGCUGGCGCUGCCCGCGUGGUGCGUGGGGCCCUCGACCCUUGACGAGCUGUCGCCCGGCUGGCGCGGCGCGUUCAGAGACGCGUGCCUCGCCGCGGCGCCCGCCGCGGCGCCGCGCGACGCAGCGGCGCUGCUGCGUGCGGCGCCGGCGCUGGGGCUGGGCGCGGACUCGGAGUGGCUGCGGGCGGCGGCGGGCGCGCUGGGGGCCGGGCUGGGGGGCGCAGGGCCGGGGGAGUUGCUGGCGGUCUUGGGCCCUUUGGCUGCUCUGCAGGGCGCCGGCGGCGGCGAGGUCGGCCCCCGAGGCGCCAGCCACGCGAGCCAUGGUCCUGCCGGGGACGACGGCCUCCAAGAGGUGCUGUGUGCCGCGCUUGACGGGCUCGCGG